ACUUCUUCUAUUAGGUCCUUGUUUUGUUUUGUUUUGUAGUCUAACUUUUCCGGUCGCCUUCAUUGAUAUUUCUCUCCUCCCCUUUUCUCACUCAAUUGCUCAAGAUGGUGAGUACCUCUUUCGAUCGUCGUCCCUUGAGAAGGAGCGCUAUGUGCUCUGCGGACGGCAGCUCCAAUUGCUUAUUUCAGACCGAGCCUCUACAUUGAAUCGAAGGUUGACCAUAGUUAUGCAUCUGUUCCAGGCCUCUGCUCGUGCUGCUUCUCCCUUGACCUCUGGUGCUGAGUCCGGCCCUGACACCAAGUCUUCUGGCGCCGGUGCUGGGGCUUCCGCCACUGGCUCCGUGAACCGUCCUUCUUCUCCUACCCCUCCCGGUGGUCCCAGAGCUGCUUUGCGUCGCCGCGCGGCCGCAGACCACAAGGAAUCUCUCCGCAAUGCUAGGCCCAGUUCUACCCGUGCUGCUGGUGCGGGUGGUUCCUCCGGCACUAUGCUCAAGCUCUACACCGAUGAGAGCCCUGGUCUGAGGGUCGACCCUGUUGUCGUUCUGGUGCUCAGCUUGGGUUUCAUUUUCUCCGUUGUCGGUCUUCACGUCAUCGCCAAGAUCACCCGCAAGUUCUCCUCGUGAGCUGCUGAAUUGCGUCAUUUCGUCUAGUCCUCACGACCAUGCCUUCUUUGGUCAAAUCCGUACAUGAAUGGAGCCGCCAAUUGAGACGGUGGUCAAUAUACACCGUUCUCGCCCUGUCAGACAUUAAGAACAUUGAGAGCUUGGAAGUGAGGAUGAUAGGCGUGGUCGUAUAUGCAGUUCCUUCGAUGUUUUCCCUUCAAUCAUAUACCCCUUGGUGUCACUUUUCCCUGUACCGGUGCAUAUCGAAGAUUCAAGAGCGACAUGAUCUGAAAACAGCAUGCCUCCUCGCACAAGCCAGUCGAGAGCGCUUGAGCUCAAACCUAUCUGCAGCAUAGGUUAAUGCCACUAUGAUAUUGCCGUUGGAAUCACAAUUGACCUCAUAAGCUUUUUGAUAGAGCUCAGAGAAAAUGAAUGGAGACAUUUGUACAUUAUUUUAUGCUUUUUAGCUGGUGGUGCUUGCAUUUCAGUCGAU